CUUUCAUAUCAUCUUCUUCUUCUUCUUCUUUUGGUUUUAAUGGCUGCUUCUGUUGAUCCUCUGGUUGUGGGUCGUGUUAUUGGUGAUGUGAUUGAUAUGUUCGUUCCUAGUGUGAGUAUGUCUGUGUAUUAUGGGUCUAAGCAUGUCACUAAUGGCUGUGAUAUUAAGCCUUCUAUUGCUGUCACUCCUCCUAAGCUCAGCAUUUCUGGUCAUCCCGACCACCUCUAUACUCUGGUGAUGACAGACCCUGAUGCACCAAGCCCUAGUGAACCCAGCAUGAGAGAGUGGGUUCAUUGGAUAGUGGCAGAUAUACCUGGUGGAACAAAUCCUAGUAAAGGGAAGGAGAUAUUGUCGUACGUGGGUCCUCGUCCGCCAGUGGGAAUUCACCGCUACAUACUGGUGCUUUUCCAGCAAAAGAUGGAGCUGGGGAUGGCAGAGCAACCGCAAUCACGGGCUAAUUUCAACACAAGGAUGUUUGCUGCACAUUUGGACUUGGGACUGCCAGUUGCUACUGUCUACUUCAAUGCCCAGAAGGAGCCUGCUAGUCGCAGGCGCUAAAUAAUUAUAUAUAGGCUUAGUGCUUAUAUGCUUGGUGCUUAUGGUUAAUUUCCAUGUUAAUAAACUACAAGUCUACUCUAAAUUAAGAAGCUUUGCUUAAUGUUUUUUUCUUUCCCUAAUAUAGAUAUAAUAUUUAAUUGCUA